GGUGGGGGGCGGGGCCAGCGCGGGGACUUCCCCUGGGCUGAGCUGCGCAGCGGGGUUUUGGCCAAAUUGGGCGAGGGCACAAAAUAACCACUUACCCCUUCUCACCGAGGAAGAACGGGAGAAAGGGUAUGGCACAGUCAAAAGGCUGGGUGAGAAGAUACUUCAAGGCUUUCUGUAAAGGCUUUUUUGUAGCGGUGCCCGUGGCCGUGACUUUCCUGGAUCGGGUGGCCUGUGUGGCCAGAGUGGAGGGAGCGUCAAUGCAGCCUUCUUUGAAUCCUGGGGGGAGCCAAUCAUCUGAUGUAGUGCUUUUGAACCACUGGAAAGUGAGGAAUUUUGAAGUACAACGUGGUGACAUUGUGUCAUUGGUUGAACUCCUAGUCAUCCUUGAAGUUCCAGAUGAAGCAGCACUUCCAUGAAGUCUUCUCUCUGCCAGCCAGAGUUGCCUGCUCUUCCCCACUGGUCCCAUUACUGGUCUGCAUUAUUUAUUCUGGAUACAGAUAUCUGUUAUAGCCAUAUUACAAUGGAUUAUGAAUGCUUGUGUAUCUGUUUCUCCCUUUUCUCCAGCAGAUAGUGAGUUUUUAAUGGGCAGAAAGAAUGCCUUACUUAUUUCUUUAGUAUCAACUUCUUAAAUAGGACUGGGUUUAUAAUGGGUUCUUUAGUUGGGAAAGUAAACAAACAUAAUUGCCUGUAUCUGCCCUUAGUUCAUUUGUAAUAAUCCCUGCUGUCGGGCUUGGAUUCGACCUAGAUGAUGUAAAUAAAGCCAGUAUGUCUGUCAAUUUCAUAUGGAUGUGCUAGGUAUAAUAAAAAGACUGAUUAAAGAUCCACCAAGUUAAAUUAAACAGUGGUAUACUCUCUAGCACCAAUAAGUCAAUGUAAAAGGAUUGUAUUAUGCUUUAUUCUGAAAAGGCAAUAUCACGAAUCCUGUUUUAUUAAUACCUAAAUAUGUUAUAUACCUUGAUAUAACCAUUGAUUGGUUUUGAGAGGUUUUGUAUGAUGGAAAGAAGAGAGAAGGAAUCAGAUUAAAAAGGGAUUUUAAUCUUCCGUACUUUUCCCUGUGAUUUUGUAAACUUGCAUCCCAUAUAUGCCAGUAAAAAUAACUCUAUACCUUUAUUAAAACUUCAAUAUCUUCAUUUAUAUUUAGAGUGGUAGCAACAUAAAAUUGAAACCUGAGAGUCGUGAAAGAUAUAAAGUCAUGUUUUAAUAGAGAAACUAAAUUGCUCCUUCAAAGAGCCUAUAAAACUGAAAAGCAUUCAUUAUAAAUGUAAUAAAAACUUAUGAGUCCCAUUUUAUUAAAACUACACCCCGUUUCCUGAAGGGACUGGAUCAUUUAGAGGUAAACCAGUGACACUUUAUAUCUAGCAACAUUCUUUAUGUGAGAUAAGACAUCUACUGAAAUGAAGUUGGUGGUUUUAACAUGAUCCCUAAUGGACAUCCAUUCAUGUUAUAAGAUUAGAAUUUCUCUUUUAGCAGAGUUUGCAGCUUCUGAUGAUAAUGUACCUUGAUCAGGUUAAUAACAAUAGUAAAUUACUUACUUCUUUAAGUUCCUUCAAGAAACAGAACAAUCAUGAAAGAUAAAGCUUAUGCUUCUACUAAUUGGUCUGCUACAUCAUUCUAUCAUUUUGGAAACUUCUUACUGAAGUCAAAUUAUAAGAUUAACAUUGUUGCAGGAUAAUAACUUUCUAGUGAUUACCAUUAGCCUUUUUUUCACUUUUUGGAUACAGUAAUAUUUUUAGUGUGUUAAAGGAGAAGCAUUUCCUUUUAGUCUUUAACUGCUUUCAGUGUUUUUAAAUAUUCUGUACGUAUUCCCUAGUUGAUUCUGUUUUACAUACUCCAUACACCUAUUUCCAUAUUGUUAUUAUUAUUAUUUAAAGCUUUUAUAUUUAUUUUGAGAGAGAGAGAGAGAGAGAGAGCACCUGUGCAGGUGAGUGAGCACGAGUGGGGAGGGGCAGAGAGAGAGGGAGAGAGUGAACUCCAUGUAGGCUCCACGAUCACAGUGGGGCUCGAAUUCAUCAACCAUAAGAUCAUGAUUUGAGCCGAGAUCAAGAGUUGGAUGCUUAACCAAUUGAGCCACCCACGCACCCCUAUUUCCAUAUUAUUUUAAUUGAUUGUGGUUGUACUGGUGUUAGUGGUUUUAAAGUACAAAAGGAAAUAGGGUGAAAUGACAGGUAGGCUGUUAAUUUACUCUUAGUUUUAGAAUCAAAUAGCUUUAGAUAGAGAUUCUUGGAUGUUUAAAUGAGAGAAUUGAAGUAUUUGAAUUAAUAUACAUUUGCCAUGUGGAUGUAUUUAGAAAAUAAGGCAAGGUUUCUGGAAAUGCUGGAAGAACAAAAAUGUGUUUAUUCUAAUUCAUUUCUGGAAACACAACCCACAUAUAAAUAAAUGCAAAAUAAUGGGGGAAAUGGGAAGAAAUUAUAUAAAUAACUAGGGAACAAUUAAAAUUUUAAGACACAGUAACUAACAUAUAUGUCAAAUUCUGUGGAAUUUGGACCACACUGAGGGAGGACACUAAGAGCUCAAGUAUACUUUUCUGGAUCUCUGCCAGUUUGUACAUACCUCUGAAAAAGCACAUACUCUCUUCUCAAACAUUCACUUCAGUAGGUGUUUUCGGCCUACUAUGGCAAAUACUGAAGAGGUUACAAAGAUAAGUUAAGAGUAUACUUUCGAGGAUCUUACAGUCUAAAGAGAAAAAUAUGACAAGGACACACAAGUAUAAAGCCAGAUGUAAGUAUUAUGUAAGUAACAUAAGGUCCCACAGUGAAUAGCUUUCAAUAACAACCAAGGACAGGGUAGGAGAGGCUUUUAUGAUGUAGCAUUUGCAAAAGUGUCAAGAGAAAGAUAAAGUUCCAGUAGUUAAUGAUGGAGGAAAAAGACAUUGAUUAUAGAGGAAGUAGUAAGAACAAAGGCAGAAAUCUACAUAGCAUAUUUAGGGAAUACUUGUCAAUUCCAGUCGGGUUCCUGCGGGAGCUACAUGCUGAAGUGGAAGCAUCACUGCUUCAUAAUGAGCUAUGGUUAACCAGAGUGAACCAGCACUGUCACUUUGAGUUUGUUUGUUAUCUCCAUUGAGCCUCACAGAACCUUAUGAGAUAAUAACUACUAGUAGGUUAGGGAAACAAGACUCAGAGAAGUUGCCUGAAGUUACUCUGCUAUUGAGUGGUUGAGCCAGGGAUAUAAACCCAGACCUUUUUUUUUUUCUUUUUAAGUUUAUUUAUUUAUUUUGAGAGGAUGCAACAGGUGGGGGGAGGGGAAGAGGGGGAGAGGGAGAGAGAGAGAGAGGGUGCAAGGGAGAGAAUCCCAAGCAAGCUCUCCACUGCCAGCACAGAGCCUACGGAGCCUAAUGCAGGGCUCAGACUCACGAACUACGAGAUCAUGACCUGGUCCAAAAUCAAGAGUCGGUCACUCAACAGAUGGAGCCACCCAGGCACCCUGAACCCAGACCUUUCUGACCCAUGUUCUCACUCACUUUAUUAUAUGAUUCUAUAGGUGUAUCUGGCACUGUAUUUGGAGGAAUCAUCCUGUCAGACCAAAGCUUCAGCCAGUUUGUGAAAAGCAUUGUCUCCUUCUCCUCCUACUUCUCUUCAUCCUCCUCCUCCUCCUCUUCCUUUUCCUCUUCCUCCUCAGUAAAAAGAAGGCUGUGUUUAUUCUCAAGUUAGUAGUUGCAUUCUUGUGUUCUGGAGGACAAGGAAAAAAUACUUUAUCUCAAAAUACAUUGGAAUUCUUGGAGAAAAAUGAUAAUUACAACCUAAAUAUCCCCAAACGUGGUUUAUCCAUGGAAUCUCCAUUACUCUGUGCAUUGUCAUCUGUCUACUGAUUUUGAGACUAUAUUCAGUCAGGUUUUUUUCCUGCUUGAUGUUUGCCUUUGUUACUGUAAGGCAGAUACUUGCCUCUAAAUCCCUACUAAUGUGUGACAAUUCCAAAGUAUGAAGAAACUUUUUUUUUUGAAAGCAAUAGCUUUGUGUCCAAGAAAUUUUCAGGCAAGAAUAUCAUUUUAGACUUUUGAAACUGCAGUUUCAACAUUACAAUUGGGCUAGUUUAUCAUUUGACAGUACUGAGUAAACCACUAGUUCUGUUUUUAAACAUGAUUAUUUUAUCCAUCCUUCCCAUCUGAUAUCUCCUUUAAGGUUUGUUGGAACUGGUGUUCAUAUUUCACUUUUAGCUAAUGGCAUAUUCCACUUUGGUUUGUUGAAGCCCAGUUCUGUAAUUAUGUUUAUAUUUGUUUCCCUUUUUAAAGAUUAUGAAGAUUUCUUCAGCAGGUAAUUGGCUAUAUUGCUCUGAGAAAUAUUUUCUUAUAAAUACUUGGUUUAUUUAUAAAGUAACUUAUUGGCUUAUUGGCUCUUCAUGACAGUUACUGUAUUUAUUGCCUCAACAUUUUCAGCAUUUUUAGGCCUCAGUGCUUGUAAAAUAAUAUAUCAUUAUUUUAAGAAGUCUUUGUGAAAUCUAGAAAGUCAAGGAAGUUUAGGGAAGCUUUAUAAUAAUGAAAACCUGGAAGUAACCUCAUAGGAAUAAAAUAAAUUGUGAAAUACCUGUUCAGUGAAAUACUACACAGCUAUGGAAACCAAUAAGCGAGUUUUGUUUGUACUGCGAGAGAUGUCUAAGAUACAUGUUUAAAUCAAAGUCAAAUCUAAAAUGCAGACAGAAAAAGCGGCACCUGGGGGGCUCAGUCGGUUAAGCGUCUGACUUCAGCUCAGGUCAUGAUCUCACGGUUUCUGAGUUCAAGCCCCGUGUCCGGCUCUGUGCUGACAGUUCAGAGUCUGGAGCCUGCUCCGGAUUCUGUGUCCCAUUUUGUAUCUGCCCUUCCGCCACUUGUGCUCUGUCUCUCUCUGUCUCUCAAAAAUAAAUAAAUAUAAAAAAUUUUUUAAAUGCAGAUAAAAUGAGUGCAUCUGUGUAUAGACAAAGCUAUAUAGAUACGCAAGUAACAAACAUAUACACAGAGAAAAUUUUUGAAACUUUACAAAGAACCAUCAACUGUAGUUACUUCUGAGGAAAGAAACUAGGAAAAAUGAGAAUUUUCAUUUUCAUAUAUUCAUUUUGUAUUUCUGUACACUGCUUUAAUUUGUCUUCUUUUUUUCUUUCUUUCCGCCCCCCCCCCCUUUUUUUUUUGAUGAGCAUGUAUUACCUUUAAAACUGAAAAGCUGUUGGGGCACCUGGGUGGCUCAGUCAGUUAAGCAACUGACUCUUGAUUUCAGCUCAGGUCAUAAUUUCAUGGCUUGUGAGUUCGAGCCCAGCAUCAGGAACCAUGCUGUCAGUGUGGAGCCUGCUUGGAUUCUCUCUCAUUCUCUCUUGGCCCUUCCCCUACUCAAUCUCUCUCUCAAGAUAAAUAAUAAACAUUAAAAAAUUUUUUUUAAAUUAAACUGAAAAGCUUUUUAAAGAAAAGUACCCCUUUACAGGGGUGCCUGGGUGGCUGCUUCAGUUAAGCCACCUAAUCUUGAUUUCAGCUCCGGUCAUGAAUUCAUGGUUCGUGGGAUUGAGCCCCGUGUCUGGCUGUUCUGAUGGUGUGGAUCCUACUUGAGAUUCUCUCUUGUUUCUUUCUCUGCCUCUCUCUCCCACUGUCUCUCUCAAAUAAAGAAACAUUUAAGAAGAAAUACCCAUUUACUUAGAAAACAAGAACUAGGAGAGUAUUCUUUUGAUGUCCUCCAUAACCUUUUUUGCAUUGAAAAUUCAGUAUCUUCUAGGGUUUACAAUGAUCAUAAGAAAGCUGUAGGGAAAAUGCCACAUUGUUUUAGUUGAAAACUUCUAGUGCUGAAUGGGUCAUUGUAUUGAACUUUUUUCUAUAGUUUGAUGUUUUGGUUUGAUUCUGAAAAUGAAAGCAGGGCAGUGCCUCUGCUUGUGUGGUGCCGUAUAAAAGGUUACUACCACAAAGCAUCUUGUUCUUUUGAGUGAACAAUGUAAACAUGUACUUCAUUCUAAAAGAUUAAUUACCUUGAUUAUUCAGUUUUUGUGCUGCCAUAAUUAAACAUGGUUAAAAUAAAAUUUGACUACACAUUGCAGCAUUUUAUUCAUAUUGCCAAAGUAAAUUAUUGAUUUGGAGAGACCUCAGAUAAACUGUUCUGAGUAUGUGGCUUUUAAUUUAUUUUACAUUUUUCUGAGAAUUUCUAAACAUUGAAUCCAUAAUGUGCUAGAAGGAAUAUGAAUUUUGAAAGUAUGUAUACUUGUGAAAAAGUACUUACUGGAUAAUUAAAUGAAAAUAAAGGAGAUAACAUAUUUGGUCAAAUAUCCCAAAGACUCAGUGAUAUAAUAGAUCUUCAGAAAAAUAUUGUGUCUGUUUUUAAGAAUAAAAAUACCUUCGGGGCGCCUGGGUGGCUCAGUCCGUUAAGCAUCCAACUCUUGAUUUCAGUUCAGGUCAUGAUCUCGCAGUUCGUGAAUUCAAGCCCUAUGUCAGGCUCUCAGCUGACAAGUGCGGAGCCUGCUUGGGAUUCUCUCUCUCCCUCACUGCACCUCCCCUGCUGGUGCAUGUGCUCUCCUCUCUCUCUUAAAAUAAAUAAAUAAACUUAAAAAAAAAGAAUAAAAAAUACCUUCAUAAUAAAAUUGGCAUACAAUAAAAAAAGUAGUGUAGUUCAUUGGUAGACUGUUGCAAUUGCAAUUUUACACUGAAUUUUGAUUCGACUUUGAAUAUAUUGAUGGUUUGUUUUGGAUAUAGGAGGCACUAGUAUUGUCUCUUAUAUUCUCCCUGCCUGUCUCAUUUCUAUUCCUUGCAACUGUAUGCUUUUGUGAAACUAGUCUUCAGAAGCACCUUGAUAAUGUCUGUCCAUUUGUUAAUGAGAUCAUAGAAACUGGUAUCACUUAGAGCAGAGCUGAUGAGUUAAAAAAAAAUUGUUUCUAGCCUCUCAUCCCAUCUUCCAAAUAUACUAGUGGGAUUUAGGUUUCCACUGUCCUUAUUACUUUAAGUUUGAGUAAGUGGUCCUAAUCCAAAUACUUAAUAAAAUCUUUAUAAUUCUAUGUAGUGUAAAUGGAAGCCAAAAAUCUAUUACUUGGGUGCAUCUUUCCUAUACUUUACAAUGUAAGUUUUAAGUAGUAUCUAUUACACCGUUAGAAACUAAUAUAUUAAAUAAUACACCAAACAUUGGCAGGUUUGUGCUACUUUAAAAUAAUUUAUCAUUUUUUAAUAAUUCACUCAAAUGCAUUAUUCAAAGAUUGUUAUAUCUAUCAAAGAUAUAAAUAAUAUAUUUCUGCAGAGGGAUUAUCACUUCUGAAAAAGUAGUAAGUAAAAAAUGUUGUAUUGCAAUUUUUUGGAUAACCUAAACGUAAAGCAAAAUAAACUAUUUGGUGUCUGCAUGCUAAAUGUAAUUAUAGAAGCUGAUACUGACUGGGGGUAGGCAGAUAUGUUCUGUGUAAGUGGUUUUGUCAUUUGUGGUUUAAGGUUGGAAACAGCGGCAAAAUGUGCCUACCUCAAAGAGUUGGUGAGAAUAAUUUAUAAAAGAAAUUUUAUAUAGGAAAUACUAUAUGUUUCAGGUAUUACUUUUCCUUUAGAAACGAAUACUGAUUAACGUUUAUUAUUUACAUGUGGAUUUAUUGAAUAGAGUAGAUAUAAGUACUAUUCAUUUGCAAACAUUUAUUGAGACUUGUACUAGACAUUGUGCCAGGCAGUGGGUAUAGUGAUAAAGAAGAUGGGCUUCAGACACUGAUGGAGCUCAUAGGUUUUAAAAGAGAGAGCAUUAAAAACAAAUAAUUAUGAUAAUAGUAACAAAUGCUGUAAGCAGAGAUAGGAGUACAAAGGAGAGAUUGAUUAUGCUGGGGAUCUCCGGAAUCCUUCCCAGAGGCUGUGCUUGGAGCAGGGGAAAUAGGAGUGUUAACAGAACAGAACAGUAAUGGUUAUCACAGGUAGACUGGAAUUAGGUAAAUGUUUAUUCCGAUAUUAAAAGAAUACUAAAUGUAGAAGGGUAACAAUACUCAUCUCAUUCAACAUUUACUGAACAGCUACAAGGAGCAAGUCCCUGUGUUAUCCCCUGAGGGGUAGACAGCUGAAAAGGUCUGGUGCCUACUUUGGAGGUGCUCACAGUCCUGCCUGUGUGUGCACAGGAGAGCUGUGCCCAAGGCAGAGGUCAAGUAAAGGUGUUGUGGGAACUUCACCCUAUCCAGGCCAUGGUGUAACUGUUAAAUCCCAAAGAGACAGUUGUGAAUUUAUAAGUAAGUUAGCUUCCUGAGUUAAAAAUGGACUGGCAUGAAAGAAGAGAGAAAUUUUAAGAAAUCAAUAAUAGUUUAAAAACACAUAUGACAUAGCCUUUAAGAGUUAAAGACAAUGAAUGCGUAGGAUCCAGUGUAAAUAAAGGCAUGCAGACCUGUAGUGUGGUCAGAGGAAGUGUUGUAAAAUAAUAGAUACAAACAAGCUACGUCAAAAGAGAUCUAAAUUACACGUUCUAAAAAUGCUACUGGCCAACCCAUCUAGAAUCUCUUAACUAGGUUUCCUAAUCAGUCUAUUUACUAGGAGAUGCCUUAUUCAUCUCUAAGUCAUUGCACACUAAAAUGAGGAGGCUUUUCCCAACCUAGCCCCAACUCUCAAGAUCCCUGGGUAUUGAGGACUUCCUGUGUACCCCGUUUCUUCUUAAUCUCAGGCAAUCACUCUUGAGAAUUAUAAAACCUGGGUGAAGUAAGAGCUAUCUUUUCUUUUAAAGAGGCUAGGGAAUGGGUGCUCAAUGUUUUACGGUUUUUAAGAGCAUAUCUAGGUUUUUCAUCACAAAUCUUUACCACUUCCUUUUCACCCCUGGACAUAAAUUCUCCCAGUUUUAUUUUUACUGUACCUUUGGAUUUGCUUAUCCACUGAUUCAUUCUUAACUCCUGGAGUGGGAGAAAGGCAUUUGAAUUCACUUCAAAGGGCAAAGCUUCCACCUGUGCUCUUUUGUUGCUGUCUGCUUCCUAUCAACUUUCUUCUGUAUUGUAAUUCUUUUUCCCUUAGAGCCCUCAAAUAUGCAAAAUUGUUGCAAAAAGAAAUAAUAAAGGGGGGGGGGAAAGGAACUCCCUCACACCAAUUUCCCCUCAAAUUACUCUAUUUUUUUUCUCUUCCAUCUUUAAAUGGUUGUUUUUACUCAAUAUGUCUAUUUAUGUAUUCCUAUUAAUAGUCCAUCCACUGAAGCCUGGCUUCUGCCCAAACCAUCCAUUCUACUGAAGCACAGCUCACUGAGGUUGCCAUGGACUUCACAUUGCCAAACUCAGCCUCUCCUCUGGUGCUCAAUUGCUGCCCAGUCUACAUGGUCAGCCAUCCCCUCUCCAAACCCCUCCCUUGCCUCAUCAGCGGUGACUUCCUCUUCUUUCUGUGACUUGUUUUUGGUCUUAGCGAUUUCUUCUGUCUUUAUCCUGCUCAAAAAAAGUGGCUAUUCACUUGAGUUCUGUAUUUGAUCUUCUCUUUUUACUCUUCGCACCCUCUUGGGCAGUCAUCCACUUUCCUUGAUUAAACUGUGCAUAUGACUCCCAAAUCCAGAGCUCCCGUCCAAAUUUCUCCUGAGCUCUAGACUCGCAGCUCCAUCUGGAUGGACUAGGCACUCCAAACUUGGUAUGUUCCCAACCCUUUACUGAUUUAUAUCUGGUGUCAAGUAGAAUCAAGAGUUCUUUCUUUCAAAACAAACAACUCAUGCACUUUUAUUUAGAAUAAAUAUUUUACAUAUUAAAAUAGUUAAUGUUUAAUAUUUGGUUGGAAGAAGUAAGAAGAAAAUGAAUAAAGGUUGGUGGCAGUUUUUGAUUCUUCAGUUUGCAGACUAAAUACAAAUUUAGGGAAAGAGGAAACAAAAACACAAUUUUUUGAAAGAAAUUUGCAUAGGAUAUUUUUAAAAGUUAUCACAGGAAACAACUUUGUUGCAGUUCCUUAUACUUAUGUCAUAGUGUAGUAUUUUUAUUUUAAAAAUAUUUGCCUUUGACUUUAAUAUAUGGGGGAAUGGGACCUCAUAAUACUUUCAUGGCAUAAGGUAAUCUGAUUGUGGUUGAUGAGGGUUAUAAAAAUUCAUUGUAUUCUGAUUUUGUUGGUUUCUGGGUAAGUCUGGGAGAAAAUUACUUCUUCCACUUGGAUACAUAGUUGAUCAGCCAAACUCUAGGUAAUACCCUACGGGAGGUUGCUCUGUGUAAAUGCAACUUCUAUUUGCUUGGGUUACCUUCUGCCAGAUCUUGAUAAACACAGAUUUCCAUGUGACCACCUCCCCCCUUGCCUCUGUGAACAACCCCCUUCAACUGUUUCUGCCACAUUGUUCUUGGCUGUAGAAAUAGAACCAAAUAGCCUGCUUUGGGGGAGUGAAUGCUUUCAUCCUUAUAUAGCAAUGGAGAAUUAGAGCAAGGUGGUAGGGUGGAGGGAUAUGUAUACAAAGGAUGUAAAAUGUGAAGUGCUUUUUUAAAAAAGAUUUUUGCUUAGCUCAUAGAAGUUCAAUUUUUGUUUGGCCUGACUUCAUUUUCUAAAAGCACUCACUCGUCCCGAGACAUGUUUAAGAGUAAGAGAGGCUAGAAUCAUCUUACCUUAGGAACUGGAUUGUGCUACUAACCUAAAAUACUUCCAAGUCAGGAGGAAGGAAUAUAAAGUUAUUUGCCUUCACAGGGAUUGCUUUUAAGAGUACACGAGAAGUCAGUUUCAAUCAAGGCAGUUUGUUCAGAAAUAAAAGCAUGCAGGUGGCGUGUGUGUAUUUAAACAGCAACAUUUUAUCUAGCUGCAGAUUUUAACUGUUUCUGGAAGUGUUCUGUUAGCCAAUGUAACUGUGAUGUAACGAAUGCAUUUUAUAUGCAGUAAUGGAAUUUAAAUUGAUCUGUGAGGCUAAGUUAAAUAGUUAAUCUCUUUUUGCCUUAGUUUUCUUACCUGAAGCUUGGGGGAGUAUACUGCCAAGAAUAUUAAAAAAAAAAUGCAAGAUGCAAAGUAAGGUACUAUGAGCUGCAUUGUCAUUUAACUUUGUUAAACUGAAAACUUGUAAGCCACGCUAACCUUGGAAGAAGUGGCGAGCAAGGCAGCAUGCUUUCCUUGCUUCUCCACUCUUGCCAUCCUCGUAGUAUUCUGUUACCUCUUAUUUCGGACUUGCAGUGGUCAGUGCCUUUCUAUAUUCUUCAAAGCUUUCUCUCAGGGCAAGAAAGUAGCAUGAUUGAUGUUUGCCGUGUCAGACUUUAUAUUAGAUGUUAUACAUGUAUUCUCAUUUGGGUCACUAAGAUGACUGUCAACUUGUGAUGCCAGCUCUUUUUCCCCGAUUUCAAACCCCAGUUAGUCAAACUGCCUAGUCAUGAUUGUUAUGAGUUUGAUUCACAUUACAUAACAAUGUACGUGAAUACCUAUGUACCUACCUACCUGCAGAGAUGAAUAAUCCUGUUUUAUAUAGAGAAGCAGUGUGCCCAUAGUGGUGAAGAAUGUGGCUUUCAAAGCCAGAUUAUUGAGGAAACCAAGGCUCCAGAGAUUGCCACCUGCCCAAGGUCACAUAUUAUUGGACAUAUCUAUAAAAGGAUUUGCUCCUGAGUGUGACUGACCCCAGUAGCCAUCCUUUGAACUGCUUUCAGCCUUUCCUCUCAACCAUGCUUUUCUGUUUGUUUCAUUAGUGCAUAAAAGAGUGAAAUAUUUUCUGCAAUCCUGUAUUUUGCGUUAUAUGUAUCACAUGUUUUAUGCAAAACAAUUUUUACUUUUGUUGAGUCUAAAACUAUAUUUCGUGAUGAAUGAAGAAGCUCUAUAAUUUGAAUUCGGUGAUAUGGUAAUGUUAGAUUUAAUUUUAAACCGAAGCCUGAAGGACUAGUAGAAUCAGAGAAAGCCUUGUUUUUUGCUUGGAUGUCAUUGUUUACCUUGAACAUGAAAAAUAGAGCAAGUAGCUAGGAAGCUCAGAGGAAUAAAAAAUAAUAACCAUCAUGCUGCCCUGGAAAUAAA